GAAGACCUCUCAUUAGAAGAAAGAGAAGAACUUUUGGACAUUCGUCGAAGAAAAAAGGAACUUAUUGAUGAUAUUGAGAGACUGAAAUAUGAAAUUGCAGAGGUGAUGACAGAGAUCGACAAUCUAACUUCUGUAGAGGAGAGCAAAACUACUCAGAGGAACAAGCAAAUAGCUAUGGGGAGAAAGAAAUUCAACAUGGAUCCCAAAAAGGGAAUUCAGUUUCUAAUAGAAAAUGACCUGCUCCAGAGUUCCCCAGAAGACGUCGCCCAGUUCCUUUAUAAAGGAGAAGGCCUGAAUAAGACCGUCAUUGGGGAUUACCUGGGUGAGAGGGAUGAAUUUAAUAUUAAAGUUCUUCAAGCUUUUGUUGAACUCCAUGAGUUUGCUGAUCUGAAUCUCGUACAAGCCUUAAGACAGUUCUUAUGGAGCUUCAGACUUCCAGGAGAGGCUCAGAAAAUCGAUCGCAUGAUGGAGGCUUUUGCUUCACGCUACUGCCUGUGCAACCCCGGGGUCUUCCAGUCCACAGACACAUGCUACGUGCUGUCGUUCGCCAUCAUCAUGCUCAACACCAGCCUGCACAACCACAACGUGCGCGACAAGCCCACGGCAGAGCGCUUCAUAACCAUGAACCGCGGCAUCAAUGAGGGCGGGGACCUCCCUGAGGAGCUGCUGAGAAAUUUAUAUGAAAGUAUUAAGAAUGAACCAUUCAAAAUCCCAGAGGAUGAUGGGAACGACCUGACGCACACGUUCUUCAACCCGGACCGGGAAGGCUGGCUCCUGAAGCUGGGAGGGCGCGUGAAGACCUGGAAGCGGCGGUGGUUCAUCCUGACGGAUAACUGCCUCUAUUACUUCGAGUACACCACAGAUAAGGAGCCCCGGGGAAUCAUCCCACUGGAGAAUCUCAGCAUAAGAGAGGUUGAAGACCCACGGAAACCUAACUGUUUCGAGCUUUAUAACCCAAGCCACAAAGGGCAGGUCAUCAAAGCCUGUAAGACAGAAGCCGAUGGCCGCGUGGUGGAGGGGAACCAUGUGGUGUACCGGAUCUCGGCCCCGAGCCCUGAGGAAAAGGAGGAGUGGAUGAAGUCUAUCAAAGCAAGUAUCAGUAGGGAUCCUUUCUAUGACAUGCUGGCAACAAGGAAACGGAGGAUUGCCAAUAAGAAAUAAGGCUUUCCUGGCUUGAGCAGGCGGAAGUAAAGACCCAAACCCCACAGCAGAAAGUGACUGGAGACCUCCCUCAACACCUCGGGCUGCUCACCCGCAGACCGUGUGGCGGGGCGCCGCAACCCCGUGUCAUGCUCACAGCUUCUCCAGAACCUCCAUCCACUGCCCCCUGUGCGUCCCCUGCAUCCUGCGCUGUGGGCUGGGACUGUGGCCGGCUGGGAGCAUCAGGGAGCGACUCCGUCCUGCCUCCACCCCAGCACCCACAGUCGGGCAAGUCUACGAUGUGUUCCCAGUUCUAGCAGCAGCAGCGCCAGUGGUUCAGCCCGGAGAUCUGUGCAGCAGGCGGGCCUCGUUUCCAUAGAUCGGAGCCGGUUGUACCAGCCGUGCCGCUCGCCUUUAUUUUUGGCGGUGUUAAUCGUUCUAGAAGCUGCUGUUUUAUAUCAAAACAGGAAAGGAAAAGCUACCCAUUUUUUAUUCAGAAUUUUUUUUCUCAGAUAUAUAGGAUUAUAGCUUUUAUAUGCCUUUUUAUAUUCUGAAAUUAUAAUGAAAAUACUUUCUAACAGUAGUAUUUUUAGAAUGGCAGCUAUAAAUUUAACUCUUGGACACACAUAUAUACUGUGCACUGAAAAAAAAAGUAUAUAUCUAUAAUGCAGCACCUGUGGGAGGGACCCGGGAGGGCGUGCGUACUGUGCGGGAGCUGGCCGCUCCUCAGGCUCAGGGGCAGCCGACUGGCUGCUCUGGGGAGGGAGGCACCUGGUGUCCUUGAGGACACUUGCAGGGCCUCCAGGUCUCAUCACUCCUGCAACCUCCCUUCAACCCAGACUUGUUAGUCCCAUAAAUAUUUUCUGAAAAAGCAAAUCAUUAAGAUAUAAUGACCAUGCUUUGGGAUGUUUGUCCUGUAACUGCUGAAUCCUAGAAAACAGCUUUUUCUCUGGACACAGAUUAUCUGCAUGUUGAACCACAUGAAACUGCUGAUACUCAAUAGUUGACUGUUUUUGACCUAAGCAAGUGCAGUUUCAUAAGGUUCAGCUGAACACGUAGCUCCAACCAGCUCUUGACCACAUGCGUUGCUAUUAAAACCUUUUGGCAAGAUACUUAUUUUACUGACAUUAUAAUAAUUUGACAGAUUUUUUUUGAUGUAAUGAAGACAUAUCAGUAACUAGAAAUCAUCUUAUUCCUUGUGUAGUCCAUGUUUUCAGAGAUUUGAUCUUCCCUUGUGAGGAGGGAAAGAACAAGCUAUGCGUGGCACUUAGGGUAUUCUGUGAGCAGUUCAGCCCUCCCCCCAACCCCAUCACACACACAGGUGGUGGACUUGGGGACCCCAUGGCAGGAGGUGCUUAGUGUGUUUGCUGGAGAAGUGUGAAUGUGGAUCCCCACAUGGAGCUGUCAGAACUAGACGGGAUGAGGCUGCGGUGCUUGGGGUGAGACAGGGCUGGGGACAGGUGCCUGUCUCCCUGGAGCUUUCUCUCUGCCUCCAGGAGGCCUGUUAUCCCAUGUAGAAGCCUCUUGCCCAUGGGGUGUUCUGCCUCACCUGCAUAGAUGCCCCAUAAACUUGCACCCUUUGGAGGCCAUUUGUACAUGUGUACCAAAUGAACAUCCAGAAAGAAAACCUCAGACAGUAUGCACUUAGGUGCCGUUCUGAAUAGCAGAAGUUACUGUUGUGAGCUGCUGUGACAGGCGCUGAGUGGCUGGGGACCCUUGGCCUCUGUGCAGCUGACCUUGUAGCUUUAAGUCACACUAGACUAAGGCCAUAACUCUCCAUCAUGCUUCAGACUUUUUGUUUGUUUUUAUUCCCAAGCUAGUAGGCUUUCUCACUGUACUGAUACCUCAAAUUUUAGUUUUUGAGAAAGGCAAGUCAGCAUUCUUGACAUGCCUGACUGAUAUAUAUGCAACUCUGGCCUCCCGUCUUCCAUGGAAACAGAGACGCUGUCUGGACCCCUAGACCACACACUGAUGAUGGCCGGCUCCGGCACUGCCCACCCCGGGCUGGCCCCACAUACAGGACUGGCUGUGGUGCCAGCAACAUCAGCAUCUCAUCCCGUGGACGGGCCACUUCCUCUCGUCUAACCCAGGCAUGACCCUGGGAGAGAAUUUUCUGUCUUUUGGGUGUUGAGAGAAGUGAGCAUGGAGUCGCCUGAUGAUAAAUCUGUUUCUCCACCACGAUCAUCGUAUAUGAGCUUCACCUGAUGACUCUUCACCCAGGAACAAGGCAGAAGGCCGUGGUGCUUAGUCUAGAUAACUUGCCAUAGAGUGUUAAAUGAUGUCACCUACUUCCAGGUUUUGUUGCGACAGUAUUAAAAUGAAGGACAUACGGCCAUCACGCCACUGUGCCCUCAGGCAGCCUAGUCCAGGAGACCCACCAGGUCAGGGACUGUGCAGGGCUGGCCUCCGCCGGCACUGACCAGAACUGGCACAGCUGUGAUGUCCCCUCGCAGUGGGCGGACCUGGCCACACGGCCUGAGCCUCGGCAUGAUCGGUCAUGUCAUCCUCCUCCCCACCCUGAUGUCUGUGCUCAGUGCUUGAAUUAUUAGUCCCAACUCUGGCCAAAGACAAACUUUCCUCCAGAAUCAAAGGGCAGUGUGCAGUGAAGAGGAGCCCUGGGCGGGAGACAUGGCCGCCAUAGCCUGUCUUGCUGAGCCCUGGUGAACAACUGAGGUUUAAUUAGACCCCGGACACAGACAAGCAAUAGUGUGUUCAGGGUCAUGGAACAUUUUUGAGCAGUUUAAGGUGGUACCAAACUUGAGUCAAAAUAGGAGCUAUUUAUAGAUGAAGCAACACUUAAUGCUUCAUAUAAAGCAAUGCAUAUUUUAAAAUUACAAAUGCAGGUAUCUCUACAUAGAUGUGCUUUGCUGAGAAGUUAGGUCUGUCAUAGACCAGAAACCACAAGUUGUGAUUUCUUGUUUUCUUAUUUUUUUCUUAGGAAACAUUUCUAUUUACAGUAAAUAUAGUUAAUAUGUAAAUAAUGUACAUAUAUAUAUUGAUUUCUGGAGUGUUAUUCAGUGUAUAUUCUCCCACAACUUGCAUGAAGAAAUAUCUGUAUCUACUGAUAUUUUGCUGUAAACUGAACAGUAAAAUAGGAGGGUGGAUGGCUGUCACAAACUCUUACAAAUACUAUGUUCAACAAAUAAAAAUCAAGUGUAUCAUUAAAA